AUGGAUGUCAACUGUGCACUUCUGACUCCAUCUAUAGCACGGCUGCUAGACCCUAGUACCGUCCCUACCCUUAGGAUACUAGUUAUUCAAGGAGAGCAGGUCAGCUUUGCAGACUGGGAUAGGUGGUCAGGCAGUGUUCGGAUAAUGAACGCAUACGGACCAACAGAGUGCACUAUCUGCUGCAAUGUAUACGAUAGUAAACAAGGGUUUAAGUCAGGCAUCAUCGGGACGUCGGUUGCUUCAGUAAGCUGGGUGGUGGACCCUGAGAACUAUAACAGGCUUGCGCCGUUAGGGUCAGUUGGAGAGCUACUAGUAGAAGGGCCGAUCCUAGCGCGCAGCUAUCUCAACGACGCAGAGAAGACAUCAGCCGCCUUUGUUAACGAUCCUGCCUGGCUGCUAGAAGGCUGCAGAGGCUAUGGUGGGCGACGUGGAAGGCUAUAUAAGACAGGUGACCUAGUUCAAUACGACAGCGAUGGCAACCUGGUCUGCCUAGGCCGCAAGGAUAGCCAGGUAAAAGUCCGUGGCCAGCGAGUUGAGCUUGGCGAGGUCGAGCACUAUGUGCGAGAGUGCCUAUCGGAAGCCAAGCAGUUGGCAGUUGAGGUGAUUGUACCAGGAGAGGGAGGCCAUGCGAUGCUAGCAGCCUUUGUACAGAUCAACAACGAUACUAACAAUGCACUAUUUAUAGAUAGAGGCGUCAAGACCAACUCGAUGGCGCGUGUACUGUUCCUAGCAGAGGUAGAAGCAGAGCUAGCAGAGCGACUGCCUAGGCACAUGGUGCCGACUGUAUUCUUUGCGCUUUCUCAGUUUCCUAUGACAACGUCCGGCAAGACAGACCGCAAGCAACUUCGAAAGAUCGGAGCCUCUUUCACGGCCCAGCAGCUGGCAGAGAUGCGGACGUCUAGCCAGGGGCCAAAGCGGCAGCCAUCAACAGAGGCCGAGCGGAUGAUGCAGCAGCUAUGGGCGCGCGUGCUCAGCAUCGAGCCGAACAGCAUUGGGCUAGACGACAGCUUCUUCCGUCUAGGCGGCGACUCGAUUGCGGCUAUGAAGCUGGUGAGUGAGGCUCGCAAGACGGGCCUGCAGCUUUCUGUCGCAGAUAUCUUCCGCCAUCCUAACCUCGCAGCCUUGGCCAACCAGGAUACUCAGCAGUGUAGCACCGUGGCAGAAGAGGUGCCUGCCUUUUCUCUACUAGGUGAAGAUGUAGAUUCUGUGCAAGUUUGCGAGGAUGUAGCUGCUGUAUGCAGCGUCGACGCGAGCGUCAUCGAGGACGUCUACCCUUGCUCGCCCUUGCAAGAAGGCCUAAUGUCAUUGACGGCUAAGCGAGCAGGUGACUAUAUCAUGCAGAGCGUGUUAGAGCUGCAGGCCGACAUAGACGAGGAUACCUUCCGAGCUGCCUGGCAACAAGUAGCGUGGUCAACAGCCGCCUUGCGCACGCGCAUCGUGCAACACAGCGAACUUGGCCUGCUGCAGGUUGUUGUGGCAGAAGACAUCCAGUGGAUCGAGGUUAAGGGUCUAGAAGAGUAUCUUAAGGAGGACAAGGCAGCCUCGAUGGGGCUGGGCGACCCGCUUGUACGCUACGCACUCGUUAAGGAACACUACAGCGGGAGGCGCUGGUUUGUAUGGACGAUUCAUCAUGCGCUAUACGACGGCUGGUCCCUACCUCGGAUCCUGCACGCAGUCCAGCAGGUCUACAGCGGUGCCGCACUGGAAAAACAACCCAGCUUCAAUACUUUCAUCCAGUACCUCAACCAGCAAGACCAGGAGGUGGCCACGUCGUACUGGCAGACGGCCCUUGCUGGCUGCGAGGCGGUCCUAUUUCCGCCGCUGCCGUCGAUGGUUGCGCAGCCUGCCGCAGAAACAACAGUCGAGUACCAGUGUCCGCCAUUCUUACAGUCAGCCACUGACAUAACGACGUCAACGCUUAUCCGCGCAGCGUGGGCGAUUGUUGCUAGUCGCUACACAAGCUCAGACGAUGUAGUGUUUGGCACCACCGUCACAGGACGCAACACGCCCGUUGUUGAUAUCGAUACAAUAGUUGGACCAACUAUUGCAACUGUGCCGGUGCGAGUGCGCGUACAGGAUCAUCAGACUGUGUCCUCCUUUCUACAAGGCUUGCAGCAACAGGCUACAGAGAUGAUCGCACACGAACAGACAGGCCUGCAGCGCAUCGCCAAGAUGGGGCCAGGCCCCCAACAUGCCUGCGGCUUCCAGACGCUGUUCGUCGUGCAGCCCGCAGAUAAUGUGCCUAGUAGUGAUGACACGCUUGGAGAGUGGCGCAGCCGCUCAGAGUUACAGGACUUUACAACAUACGCGCUGAUGGUGCAGUGCACGCUAGCGGCAGAGGGAGUACAGAUCAUGGCGAGCUUCGAUAGACGCGUCAUCGAGCAGUGGAUAGUAGAGAAGAUGCUUGCCCAGUUCAGCUUUGUUAUGCUGCAGCUAGCCGAGGCGAGCGCAGAUAGUAAGGUGGCAGAAAUCGACACUAUCACGCCAGCAGACCGCCAGCAGCUGUGGGCGUGGAACCAAGACGUACCACCCACAGUCGAACGAUGUGUGCACGACCUGUUUGCCGAGAAGGUAAAAGCACAGCCCGAUGCGCCUGCUAUCUGUGCGUGGGACGGCGAGAUGACGUACAGCGAGCUGGACGCGCUGUCAAGCCAGUUGGCGGGCUACCUGGUGCAGCUCGGUGUCAAGGGCGAAGAAGUGGUGCCGCUGUGUUUCGAGAAGUCGAUAUGGACCGUUGUAGCCAUGCUGGCCGUGC